AUGGCUCUCCCCAAACUCGCCAUUCUCGACGACUACCAAGGCAUCGCGGGCCCGCACUUCGCCCACCUCGAAAACAGAGUCGCGAUCACACACUUCCCGCAGACCCUCGACCCUCGCAAUGCAGCCCAGCAGUCUGAAUUGGUGAACCGACUCCGCGAUUACGAGAUCAUCCUCGCUAUGCGCGAACGAACGCCCCUCAGCAGAGAGACGCUCUCGCAGCUCCCGAAUCUGAAACUGCUUCUCACUACAGGCACGCGGAACCGCGCCAUCGAUACUGCCUACUGCGCCGAGCGGGGUAUUCCUGUCGCGGGCACCGAAACGCGCGGGCCCGGCGUGCACUCUACGGUUCAGCAUACAUGGGCUCUGAUCCUGGCGCUCGCGCGCCACGUCGCGAGAGAUGAUGCGGCGCUGAAGAGCGAUCGAGACUACUGGCAGGGAUCGCUGGGAAUGACGUUAUCGGGGAAAACGCUGGGUCUAGUGGGGUUGGGAAAGCUGGGCUCGGCCGUUGGACGCAUUGCGAUCGUGGCAUUUGGUAUGAAAGUGAUUGCAUGGUCGGCGAACCUGACCCAGGAGAAGGCCGACGAGCAGGCAGAGGCUGCCGGGCUCGAGAAAGGCAGUUUUGUCUGCGUUGAAGACAAGCAGGAGUUUUUCGCACGGGCGGAUGUGGUGAGUGUGCAUUAUGUGCUGUCGGAGCGGAGCCGGGGCGUCGUCGGGACGCCCGAGCUACGGCGGAUGAAGAAGCAUGCCUUGCUGGUCAAUACCAGCCGCGGGCCGCUGAUCGAUCAGGCCGCGCUGCUGGACUGCGUCGAACACGGCGGGAUUGGAGGCGUUGCAUUGGACGUCUUCGAGACGGAGCCGCUUCCGGCGGACAGCGUAUGGCGGGGGAGACAGUGGGGGACCGACGGACGGAGCGAAGUGCUCCUGACGCCGCAUAUGGGAUACGGUGACGAGCAGAUUCACGGGUGGUAUGACGAGGUCGCUGCGAACCUGCAGCGGUGGCUGGAUGGGGAGGAUCUUAAGACUCUGCUGUAA